CUAGGAAUAUUACUUCAUCAACAUGUCCCCUGCCCUCACGAGCAGGGUCAUGGCUACAGUGGAAGGACAGAGGGCAAUGCUGCUCCUGCUGCUCCUCGUCCUUGCCCACAUGAGCCUCACCGGCUCUAGCCCUCCGCCGGAUCCCGUAGCCUGCACCGACGGCGCCUCCAACUGCACCGUCACCAACGCAUAUGCCUCCUUCCCGGACCGCAGAACCUGCCACGCGGCCAGAGCCGCCUACCCACGCAGCGAGCAGGAGCUCGUCGCGGCCGUGGCGGCCGCGGUGGCGGCCAAGCGUAAGGUGAGGGUCGCCACGAGGUACUCCCACAGCUUCACCAAGCUGGUCUGCCCCGGCGGCAGCACCGGCGCCAUCAUCAGCACGCGGUGGCUCAACCGGACCGUGCGGGUCGACGCCGGGAAGCGGCUCAUCACGGUGGAGAGCGGCGUGGUCCUCAGGGACCUCAUCCGUGCCGCCGCCGCGGCGGGGCUCUCGCUGCCUUACACGCCGUACUGGUACGGCCUCACCGUCGGCGGCCUCCUGGCGACCGGCGCGCACGGCAGCUCGUUGUGGGGAAAGGGGGGCGCCGUGCACGAGUCCGUGGUGGCGCUGAGGAUCGUGACGCCGGCACCGGCAAGCCAGGGCUUCGCCACGGUGAGGGAGCUCGGCACCGGCCACCCGGACCUCAACGCCGCCAAGGUAUCCCUCGGAGUCCUCGGCGUCAUCUCUCAGGAUUUUUUGAUGGGCACUAAGUACUCUCUAGAUGCACCCUACGUGGAGGUUACCCUGUCUCUGCAGCCGCUGUUCAAGCGGUCGCUCUCGUUCGUGAAACGCGACGAGUCGGACCUGGCGGCGCAAGUGGCCGCGUGGGGCUACCUCCACGAAUUCGGCGACAUCACGUGGCUGCCGGAGGAGGGCAAGGUGAUCUACCGCGAGGACGACCGUGUCGACGCUUCGUCGCCGGGCAAUGGCCUCAACGACAACCUCGGCUUCCGGCCCUUCUCAGCUUCCAGCCUCGUCGCCCAAAGGAUCCAGGAUGAGCGUCUGGAGAAGAACGGCACAGACACCGCCCGGUGCUCGGCGACGCGGUUUUCAGCGGCGUACCUGUUCAGCCAAGCAUACGGCCUCACCAACGACGGCGUCAACUUCACGGGGUACCCGGUGGUAGGGUACCAGCACCGGAUGCAGGCGUCCGGCACAUGCCUUGACACGAAGGACGACGGGCUCCAGACCGUGUGCUACUGGGACCCGCGCAUCCGGGGGCCCUUCUUCUACAACACCGGCUUCAGCAUCCCGCUCUCCCGGGCACCCGCGUUCGUCGCCGACUUGAAGAGGCUGCGGGACCUCAACCCGCAGGCAUUCUGCGUGCUCGGCACCUCGGGCGUGCUCAUGCGCUACGUCAGGGCCUCCACCGCCUACCUCGGGAAGCCGGUGGACUCCGUCGCCGUCGACAUCGACUACUACCGGAGCCACGCGAGCGGCACGCCACGCGCGCACGCCGACAUGAUCGACGAGAUAGAGCAGAUGGCCCUGCACAAGUACGGCGGCGUCCCGCACUGGGGCAAGAACCGCAACUUCGCCUUCCAUGGCGCCAUCGCCAAGUUUCCCAAGGCCUCCGAGUUCCUCAAGGUGAAGCACAGGUACGAUCCGGAGGGGACGUUUUCGAGCGAGUGGAGCGAUCAGGUCCUGGGCAUCAAAGGAAGCGCAAACAUACUGGAGAAGGGCUGCGCCAUGGAAGGGCUUUGUGUCUGCUCCGAUGACUCGCACUGCGCGCCAGAGAAAGGCUACCGCUGCCGGCCAGGGAAGGUGUACACCGAAGCGAGGGUUUGUGCUCGUUGAUGUUCCAGCCAACGCUGCGUUGAAGUCUGAACCUGUAUGAAAUCGGGCAGGAGCAGUGCUCCUUGCUGAUGAACUUAUGUGCUUGGUCCUGUUAACAAUAAAGCAUACCAACAGGGGAGAGCAUCCCUGUAUCUCUAAAUAAAUAUAAAAAAGAAGAAGCCUGCAUCUCAGUUGGUGCAUCUCCA